AUGCAAAGUGAUUCAUUAUCGCUCGAUACGCUCAAAAAUAAACUAUUGUGCGCUGUUGAUGCUGAAUACAAUGUUAUUAAAGCUGAAACUGUAUUGGAUAUUAUUUGUCAAUUAGAAAAAAUGGAAAUUACAAAAGAUCAAUUACAAACAACUCGUCUUGGUCGUGAAAUUAAUACCAUACGUCAAAAAUUAGAUAGUCAAAAGAAAAAUUUAUUACAAACUGAAAAAUAUUCCGAAUUAUUUAUUGAAAUAGCUCAUAGAGCAAAAAAACUUCUUCGAUCUUGGCAAGGUUUAUUAAAUAUUUCUCAAACAAAUUCAUCAUCAAAUACAAUAUCAACAACAAAUGGUGAUACUAAACCUCGACUUAUACUUAAAGUUAAAUUAAAUUCACCAAUAGCAAAACGUAAACAUGAUUCUGAUUCACAUAUUAUAAAUGGAACUAAUAUUAAACGAAAAAAAACUCAAGUUAUACAAACACCUGUACCAUUAUCAACACCUAUUUCACCUAUCAUAUUAACAGAAACAAAUGGUAGUUUACCACGUUUAAAAACUACACAACAAUUAUUAAUGGAAAUGCAAAAAAAUGAACCUAAUGUACUUUCAACACAAACAUCAACUGUUCAUGCUAUAUUACAAAAGAAAAUUAUUGAUGAAAGUCUUCAUGAACAAGUUAAACUUGAUUAUUCAGCUUUACAUCAUGGAAGAGAUUUAAAUAAUAUUAAUACAAAGUUAGUUACUAUUUUAAUAAAGACAAAAACAAAAAACUUGAUGAAUUAA